GGCGCCUCGCAAACGCUCGAAUCACCCUGUCAUGUCUCCCGCAGCCCGUCCAGGCCGCGCUCAACACGAUGGACGUGCCCCUCGUCUGCGACUACGGCUCGGGCUUCAGCAAGGUGGGCUUUGCGGGCAUGGAAACCCCCCUGGCCGUGUUCCCCACCCUCCUCGGGAAACUUCGACACGACAAUCCGCUGGUGGGGAUGGGCGAGGAGGACUGGUUCCUCGGAGACGAGGCUCAGCAUAAGCGAGGGGAACUUAGCCUACAAUAUCCCAUCUCCCGGGCAACCGUCACGAACUGGGCCAACAUGGAGAAGAUAUGGCAUCACUCCUACUGGGUGCUCCGCGGCCCGGAGCAGCAUCCUCUCGUGGUGACGGAGCCGCCUUUAAACACAAUGUCCAACAAAGAGAAGAUGUCACAGAUCCUGUUUGAGACCUUCAACGUGCCCGCCCUGUACUUAGCCAACCUGGGAGUCCUUUCUCUAUACGCCUCUGGCCAGACCUCCGGAACAGCCAUUGAGUCUGGAGAAGGAAUGACAUACUUUGUGCCCAUCAUUGAUGGCUGUCCUUUGCAUCAGUCAACCAUCCAGAUGGACAUGGCGGGCCAAGACCUAACCUCGUAUCUCCUGCAACUAUUGACAGGCGGUGGGCACUCGUUGGUGAGCACAGGCGACCGGGAGCACGUCCAGAGCAUAAAAGAACAAUACUGCUACGUGGCUUUGGACUUUGACAAGGAAAAAGUAAAAACGGACGCGCCUUCCUACGCCCAGAAAGUUCAGCUGCCCGAUGGCCAGGAGGUCACCCUCGGGCAGGAGAAGUUCUUCUGCCCCGAAGUGCUUUUCCAGGCGGACCUCAUGGGGAGAAACGACCUGGGCAUCCAUAUGAAGGCCUUCCAGAGCAUCAGCUCCUGCAGCCCCGCCCUCUGGAAGAUUCUCUUCGGCCACAUUGUCUUGUCUGGAGGUACCGGCUCCUGUUCCGGCCUGCGGUUCCGGAUGCAGAGAGAAAUAUCCACCCUGGUUUCCCCUACAAUUAACGUGAAGGUAUCCACCUGCCCCAACUCCACGUACGGCGCCUGGGUCGGGGGUUCCAUCCUGUGCUCGCUUUCCACCUUCAAGGACAUGUGGGUCACCAGCCAGGAGUAUAAGGACAUCGGUUCCUCUGUCAUCAGCAGGAGAAGCUUCUGAUUUGUGGCUUUGUGGAUGCCAUCUUCUGGCCCACCGAUGCCAACUCCACCUUGGCCGGGCUGAUCAGUGCUGAGAACCAGCUCAAACGUGAGGGUGGCUAGUCCUCCCCAGACUUCCAUCAACCUGGUCAAUAAAGGACAGACAGUCUGGGCAAGGCUGGCAACAUCUUGGGAAACGCUCACGGGCAGUCGCUUUGUUGAUGCAAGGUGACGAAGGGGAGGGGAUUUCUGCCGACCCCCAUGGAUUGGUCAGCAUGGCUGAAUGUGUGACAGCAAGGGACAUCCCCCCGGCUCAGUGCCAUAAACAAAAGUCUGUUUCCCACUCACACUGCAUGUCCGUUGAAGGCCAGCGGGGCUCUUUCCUAGAUUGUCCCCACGGCAGAAUCUGACCCACAGAGCAGACCCUGUCUGGAACGUUGUCAUUUAUUGGGGGUGAGGACAAGAGUGCCCGGUGGGCCUUUCACUGACAAUGAAACACUCCAGCCGGACAGGGACACAGGGCACAUCUGCCCACAGUUAAUUAUCCGGAACAAGUCACACGGCCCCCAAGCACCACAGGGGCUGGGAAGUGCCAUCCUUCUGCAGACGUGACACCCCAAAUGGGAAGGAUGAAGCACGUGCUCUGGUUCAGGAGGGCACCGUUGGGGCGGCAAGGGGCCUGGUGUCCUUCUGGUGGCUUUAAUCCUCAUGCCCGGCUGUGAGAUUGGUUUAUUAAGGCUGAUUUCAUGAUUCAGGAACUGAAGCUAACAGAAGCUAAUUAACUUGGUGAAGGUCAUUACACAAUGACUAGGAGUUCAAAUCUGUGGAUAAACCUUGUAGGGGUGCAGAGGGUGAGCAUUGCAGGGGAGAAGGAACCACAGACAGUGCAGAAGCAUUUCCCCCACUGAAGACACAUUUUCCACGUGGACAGAGCCCUGGGAGAGUCCCACACACAGACGCUGCCUGAUGACACUUCCGAGCAUGGAAGGCAAUAAAUAAAUUCUAGAGGCAGUGAGAGAAAACAGCAGCAAACAAAGAAUCUGGUGAAGAAAUGGGCAAAAGACAUGAACAGACACUUUUCCAAAGAAGACAACCAGAUGCCCAGCAGACACAUGAAAAGAUGCUCCACAUCACUCAUCAUCAGGGAAAUACAAAUCAAAACCACACUGAGAUACCAUCUGACACCUGUCAGAAUGGCUCACAUUGACAACUCAGGCAACAACAGAUGUUGGCGAGGAUGCCGAGAGAGAGGAUAUCUUUUGCAUUCUUGGUGGGAAUGCAAGCUGGUGCAGCCACUCUGGAGAACGGUAUGGAGGUUCCUCAAAAAAUUAAAAAUAGAACUACCCUCUGACCCGGCAAUUGCGUUACUAGGUACUUAUCCAAGGGAUACAGGUGUGCUGUUUCAAAGGGACACAUGCACCCCAAUGUUUACAGCAGCACUAUCGACAAUAGCCAAAGUACGGAAAGAGCCCAAAUGUCCAUCGAUGGAUGAAUGGAUCAAGAAGAUGUGGUACACACACACACACACACACACACACCCAGGAAUACUACUCAGCGAUGAAAAAGAAUGAAAUCUUGCCAUUUGUGACAACAUGGAUGGAACUAGGGGGUAUGAUGCUAAGUGAAAUUAGUCAGAGGAAGACAGAUCUCUUAUGAUUUCACUCAUGUGGAAUUUGAGAAACAAAACAGUCGAACAUAAGGGAAGGGAAGCACAAAUAAGACAAAGGCAGAGAGGGAGGCAAACCAUGAAAGACUCUUAAAUACAGAGAACACAUUGAGGGAUGCUGGUGGGGCUUUGGGUGGGGGGAUGGGCUAAGUAAGUGACGGGCACUGAGGAGGGCACUUGGGAUGAGCACUGGGUGUCAUCACGUAAGUGAUGAACCACUAAAUUCUAUUCCUGAAACCACUAUUACAUGAUAUGGUAACUACCUUGGAUUUAAAUUUUAAAAAAUGGGGGGGAAAAAAGCAAGCAGGUAAACUCUAAAGUACGGCUGCCAGGAAAAAUCCAGGAUGCCAGCUACGUAUGACUUUCAGAAGUACAACCACCAGCAUCUAGAAGAAGCACGUCCCAAACAUUGCACGUGGUUUUGUUUGCUAAAUCUGGCAAGUGUACUGGGAAAGAAAGAGGUCCAAGUGCAUCCACACUCCUACCUGCAAAGCAGGUGCCGGAAGAGAAAAAGCUGAAAGACAUUUCCCACCUCGUCCAACCGGGCUUGAGAUGUUGGAAGGAGAUACUCUGGCGGCAAAGACCCAGAAAAUUUGCCACCCCGCUCCGCAGAUGCGCACAGCCACGCAGGACCUCCUCCCCACUCCGGGCAGUGGUGCUUGAAGGUAUAAAUCAGGGUACUUGUCAGGUAGUAAGCCCUUACGGAACACUUUUCUUACUUGUGAGCGGACAACUGAAUCUAAAGCGGCGCGAGGCAGACGGGCCACUGCCCUUUUCCAUAUUCUGACUUUUGUACCAUAUGCAUCAAACUUUAAAACGUCACUUGAGGGGGCGCCCUGGGGGGGGGGGGCUCAUGGGUUAAGGGUCUGACUUCAGCCCAGGUCACAAUCUUGCGGUCUGUGGGUUCGAGCCCUGCGUUGGGCUCUGUGCUGACAGCUCGGAGCCUGGAGCCCGCUUCGGAUUCUCUGUCUCCCUCUCUCUCUGCCCCUCCUCCACUCAUGCCGUGUCUCUCUCUGUCUCUCAAAUAUAAAUAAAAGUUAAAAAACUAAAAAAAAGAAUCACUUUAAAUAACUUGGGGGUAACCAAUGGGAGAUAACAAUGAACAGCACAUUUGUGGCAUGAAUUUACAAAGGAAAGCUGGAAAGGGACACACCAGGGCAUGGGGACAAAAUAAGCAGAUGUCGAAUAAAACCCAAGCAAAAUCAUUAGAAGAAUCACAUAUUUCACUUACGAAGGGUGAGGAGCAGCCGUAUUUGAGAUGUAAAUCUUUUUACCUCUUUCGGUGCAUGUAGCUUCAAGGCUCAGCAAGUGAAGGGGAUGGGAUCUAGAAUACCCCGAGAACAUCUCGAUCUAGAAUACGCCAAGAACAUCUCGAUCUAGAAUACGCCAAGAGCUUCUCGAUCUAGAAUACGCCAAGAGCUUCUCAAUCUAGAAUACGCCAAGGGCUUCUAGAUCUAGAAUACGCCAAGGGCUUCUAGAUCUAGAAUACGCCAAGGGCUUCUCGAUCUAGAAUACGCC